GUAGCAGAGUGGACGCGUGUGCUACAACGCGGUUCACGCCUGAAAAUCUGAAACUACGUGUAAUAUUAUUUCUAAUAGUUGUGUAUAUAAAAUGUGCUGUGAUUAGUGAGAUUUUUUGUGCUCACAAUCUCAGUAUUGACAGAACUUAGCCAUAAAUGAGAUUAACAAUUGUGAUAAUAAAAAUGUGGCAUAGAUGAUAAUUGGUGAUCAAAAUGGCAAUGGUGAUAUCUCAGACUACUAAGGCGGCAAUUGGAGGAUUUUUAGCUUUGAUGAUAUUGGGGGCUGUACUCGUUGUUGGGGCAGCAUUUGGAUGGUUCGAUCCAAAAAGGGAAGAUGAGGACACGCCAGCGAAAAUCAGCGCGCGACUUCAAGGGCGAACUUCAUAUGUCACACAUCGAGCUGUGAAUCCAGAUGAAAACCGAUUACCCAUCGUAUCCCACUCUUCGCCAUUUGUUCACAAAGGACAGAAAGGCGAUAGAUUAGCCGAGGACGGAGAUUUGGGACCUUCCGGAGCGGGAAGACCGGAACGGCCUAAUACCAAUAUAUCAUCUCAAUGCAAAUGCAGCAUCAACGACAUAUCCGUAAUGCUGACGAACAUACCAAGCAUGCGUGGUCCUCCAGGUCCUCAGGGACCUACUGGCGCAGAUGGUACUACCGGGGCACCUGGAAAAACGGGACAAAUGGGAGAACAAGGGCCACUUGGUCCAGCAGGACCAAAAGGUGACAGAGGAGAUAGAGGUGAAUCCGGUAUGCCAGGGGUUGAAGGACAACCAGGUCCAAAGGGGGAACCUGGAUCUGAUGGUACUCCUGGGCUUCAGGGCCCACCUGGGCCUCCUGGACCUCCUGGACCUGUCACUCCAACCUUAUUGGAAUCAACGGGAUUAUACGGGGCUGAUAGGAUCCCUGGCCCACCGGGGGAUAGAGGUCCGAUGGGUCUCGCAGGUCCACCCGGCGAAAGAGGAUAUACCGGCAAUAAAGGGGAGAAAGGAUUACACGGAUCCAAAGGGGACAAAGGGGAAAGGGGUUAUACGGGAGCGCGAGGCCCACACGGCGCGAAGGGCGAACGCGGCCAAGCCGGUAAAGACGGGCUGCCCGGUCUCCCAGGCUCUCACGGCCGACCGGCGGAAAAAGGCGAGAAAGGUGGUCGGGGUCUACCUGGACCGCCGGGGCCUUCUUUGACUGCGGUUUCUGAAAAUUCUGUACUGGGAGACCUUGCGAGAACAGGGCCGCGAGACAUCGCUAAACUCAAGGGUGAUAAAGGAGAACGAGGCGAAAAGGGCGAAAAAGGAACGCGUGGUAUCGAAGGUCCACAAGGAUUUCCGGGUAACGAUGGAAAGGCGGGGGAACGCGGAGAUAUUGGUCCCUCAGGACUCCCUGGGACGCAAGGUGCUACAGGAUUAACUGGACCCAAAGGUGACAAAGGAGAUUCUGGACCCCCCGGUCCUGUUGCCAUAUCUAGAGAAGAAGCUGUUAUUAUGACCAAGGGUGAUAAAGGUGAACCCGGUCCUAGGGGAAAAAGAGGUCACCCUGGAGCUCCUGGACCAAGAGGAGCGCCGGGUCUGCCUGGUCCCCCAGGAAUUCCUGGUACUAAUGGAGUAUCUGGGGACAUUGGUCUACCUGGGUGGACUGGUCCACCUGGGAUCGCCGGCCCUCCGGGCACUCAGGGUCCAAAAGGUGAAAAGGGGGAGCCGGGAAUUGCUUUAGCGGACCUUGAAAAGUUGAAGGGUGAUAAAGGUGAACGAGGUUUAGAUGGAACUCCAGGUACAAAUGGUAAGGAGGGGCCCCGAGGUCCACCUGGACCUCCAGGGACCUCUUCAAACGUUCAGUACAUCCCUGUGCCGGGUCCUCCCGGGCCCCCGGGACCACCAGGAACAAGUAACACGAACGAACUUCCAUUGGACACUUUGACAGAUAGCCCGGGAAUUAAUCGUCUUGAAACAACGGCAGGAAAACCGCGUGACGCACUGCAAAUACUUAGAAAUUUAAAUAAUUUGAUGCAGUAUCGACAAGGAGCGUACCAUUUCGCGGAACCUUUAGAUUCGCUGAGUGAAAGUGGUGAUUAUGACGACGAAGAGGAUGGAAGGACUAUUAUUGGAACUGUCUUAUUCAAAACCACGGAUUCAUUACUACGGUUGGGUGCAAAGAAUCCUCGAGGUACUCUGGCAUAUGUCAUUCAAGAGCAAGCACUGCUUAUUCGCGUUAACAAUGGAUGGCAAUAUGUUUCAAUGGGGUCCCUGUUGGCUGUACACAACUCACCUGGCAACGGGCCCACUCGAACGCCACUACAGAAUAUUCUAGAAACUUCUAGUUUAGUGCAUCACAAGAGUCCCGUGGGAGAAGGCCCAGUGCUUCGUCUAGCUGCGUUGAAUGAACCGCAUACGGGUGACAUGCACGGAGUAAGCAGUACCAAUUACGAGUGCCACAGACAAGCACAGAGAGCCGGCCUCGAUGGCACUUUCCGUGCUUUCAUCUCUUCAAGGGUCCAAAACAUAGAUUCAAUAGUGAGUUGGGUUGAUCGUGAAAUACCAGUUGUGAACAUACGUGGUGACGUGCUGUUCAACUCUUGGGGAGAGAUGUUCGAUGGAUCCGGUGCAUUGUUUGCACAUGCACCGAGAAUCUACAGUUUCAGUGGGAAGAACGUGUUGACUGACCCUGGCUGGACACAAAAAGCAGUAUGGCACGGCGCAAGUCCGAACGGUGAGCCAGCGAUGGAUGCCUACUGUGACGCGUGGCACAGUAGCAACCCAGAGAAGUUCGGCCUUGCCUCCUCACUGCGCUCCAAUAAAUUGCUAGAUCAAGAGACAUAUACGUGUAGUUCAAGGCUCAUCGUAUUAUGUAUUGAAGCCACGCCCGUUGACACAGCCAGAAGAAAAAAACGAUCCAAGUAUCGCACAGACAAAUUGCAUUUUCUGAAAGACAUCGAACAACGGAACGAAACUAGAAAUAUAUAGAUGUUGAAUUUUUAUUUAUUAUACUGUUGUGUUUAACGAAAGAUGUGCUUCAAUAACAAACCUUUUUAACUAGUAUUUGGUCGCGUUUGAUAGUGGAUUUGUGGGACUGUACGAUUAAAUUUUCACUAUAAUAAUAAUAUUAUAUAGAGAAAAGCUUUGAUUGAUUAUAUAUUUGUUUGAAUAGGCUCUAAAACACAAUAGUUUUCAAAAAUUCUCUGAUGACCGUAGGAUAUACAAUAUUCCCGAAAACUAAGGGUCUAUAGUUAAUCCCUAUUUAUUAAUUUAUUCAUACGAAAUAAAGAAACAAUCCUAUAUUGCAUACGCUGCGGAAACGAUUGACAAUAGAGCAAAGUUUAUUAUUAUUAAUAAUUAAAAUUUUUAUA